AUGUGCUCCCUCACCCGCACGCUGGCACUGCUGGGCGCGCUGCUGUGGGCGCCGUGGCGGGCGCUGCACGGGGCACCGCUGGCCGAGCUCUCGGGGGACCAGGACUUCCAGCUCUUCCUGUACAAAAACCUCGAAUUCACCCGCAAGAUCAAGGGGGACGUGGCCGCGCUGCAGCGGGUGGUGUGUGACACCUUCCAGCUGUGCAAGGAGGAAGAGCUGCUGCUGGUGCGGCAGGACCUGGGCAUCGCGCAGGCACCGCUGGAGCAGUGCCACGGCCGCACCUUCCAGGCGGAGGCUUGCUUCAGCCAGAUCCGCGCGGGGCUCCGCGCCUACCACGGCUCCCUCGCCGCCGUCCUGGAGCUGCUGCCGGGACACGCCGGCCUGGUGGAGACCCUGCAGCUGGACACCGCCAACCUCUCCUCCAACAUCCAGCAGCAGAUGGAGGACCUGGGCCUGGCCACGGUGACGUACCCCACGGAGGGCCGGGGCCCCCUCCCCACCUUCUCCUCCCACUUCCACCACCAAGUCGGCGGCUUCUUCAUCCUGGCCAACUUCCAGCGGUUCCUGGAGACGGCGUACCGGGCGCUGCGGCACCUCGCCCGCCUCUGA